GUUAAAAAUGUUAAUUAAGUUAAGGAGUAAAUAGUGAUGAAAUGAAUCGAAAUGAUUAAUUUAAUUCAGAUUCUGAUCCAGAAUAUGAUGAAGUAGAUGAAAAAAAACCAUGUAAUUUAGUCUUUAUUGUUAGAGAAACCUCCUUCAUUAGAUAACAAAUCUAAUUCUUCAACUUUUUACAAAGAACAAUAUAAUUCAUUGUUUUCACAUUAAGGAUAGGAUGAAAUUGAUAACGUUCAAGUUUAAUUGAAUCUUUAAGAUGGUUCAACCUACAUAGGAGCUAUUCAUAAUGGUAAAGCAAAUGGUUAUGGUAAAUUAAUUGCUCUUAAUGGGGAUAUUUAUGAAGGCAAUUUUAUUGAUAAUGUUUUGGAAGGUAAUGGAAAAUGUAUUUACAAACGAGGACCAACAUAUAUUGGAGAUUUUAAAGCAGGGAAAUCUGAUGGAAAAGGUAAAGAACUAUGGUUGGAUGGAUCUAUAUAUGAAGGAGAAUUUAAAAAUGGAAAAAAAAAUGGUCAUGGUUGUUAUAUAUGGAGUUAAUAAAGUGUUUAUGAAGGAGAGUGGGUAGAUAAUAUGAUAUAAGGAGUUGGAAAGUAUGAAUGGUUAGAUGGUAGGGUAAUUUAUCAAUUUUAUUAGCAAUUAGUCAUAUAUAGGAUAAUGGGCUAAAAAUUAAAUGCAUGGAAGAGGUCUAUAUAAAUGGAAAGAUGGAAAGUAUUAUGAUGGAGAAUAUAGAUAUGAUAAGAAAUGUGGAUUUGGAAUAUUUUAUUGGCCAGAUGGAAGACAAUAUUAAGGUUAUUGGUUAGAAGGUAAAUAACAUGGUUAAGGAUUAAUGAUAAGUAAGGAUGGGAAAAAGAAAUUUGGAGAUUGGUAAGAUGGAUAAUUGAUAAACAGUUCAGAAGAAUAAAAUUAUCAACUAAUUCCAGAUGGAUGGUUUUUAAACUCAUAUAAUUAUUAAUGA